AUGAAACGGCCACAUCUUCAUUGUUCUACUCAAUACCCAAUGGUUUCGAUACGCCCCAUUUGUUUCUUGCUCUUCCACCUAUCUCCCUGUCAAAACCGGGAUGUAGAGUCCAAAGUGGAUACGGAGAUUAAUCAAGAGCAAUCGAUCCCUAUGAUGAACUCGUUUGGUGUCGCCCCAAUGCUUGGGAAAUCUUGGAAUAUGGCAGUAUUACAAUAUGUCUAUAACUCAUUGCUCAUUAUGAAGGCCAUCAACGCGCGAAAACUGGUGAUUAUGUGGAAAACUCCGGCGUUCAUGACGAGCACAUUUCGGUUGUCAAAUCUUGGCUUAACUAAUAUUCACUAUGUCGCUGAUUGUGUUACGGUCGGUGGUCAUCGAUUACUGAGUUUCAACUAUCAUUAUACCAGAGAUGUGGCUUUAUACGAUAUCAGUGGCCUUAUGAUCCCAAUUGAUGUAGUGGAGGAUCUCAUUACUUUGUGUGGCAAGACUUUAUUAAGUCUUUGUUUAGGUUUUUUUGCUGCAAUGGGUUUCUCCGCUGGAAUGAUAAGUGGCUUGGGACGUGUUCGUGGUCUCGAGGUAUUGAUCAUAGAUGGUAGCCGCAUGCGAAACACUAUUAAUGACUGCCAUUCAUUGCGAAAAUUUCUGAGCUUGUGUCCUACCUUACGGUCUCUUUCGAUUCGAUGUGCUUUUCUCAAUAGUCUGACUGUACAGAAUGAUUGUUUGCCAAACCUGUGUCACUUAUGGGUAGAAUGUGAUCAUGAUUUACCUAUUGAUAUAUGCACCUUCACGUUUCCCCGUCUCCGGGUUAUCCGAUGCUCAGGAUGGAAGUCUUUCAAAUAUAAUUUAUUUUGGCUGCAAGGUGGUUUAUUUGAUGAGAUGGAAUUAUUGAUCACCGAUUAUUCCAAUGGUAGCAAGUAUUGGCGCAAGGCUUUGAAGCGGGCGGACAUUCAUACGGUUAGGAAACCUACAAAAUUCAAAUAUAUAGUUUUUACUACUUGGCAUGGUUGUGAGGAGGAGGAUGCAGAAUUAGUGCGCCUAUGCGCUGACUUCGGAAUCGAAUGUUUAUUUAGGCAUGUGUUAACAUAUAAGCAACUAUUGGAUUAUAAAUUUUUUUUUGGCGAUAUCCUUGUAUCAAUAUUUGGAUCAUAUUACUUGUAUAUUGCAGACGUUAAUUCGUUUAUGAUUGCGACUUGUGCCAUUGGUAAUCCAGCAUUGGGAUUUUACUCAUCCGCCCCUUUGCAUGAUUUUUACGUCACCAUUGUGGGCCUGUGCUUCUACUAUGUGACUUGGGUAUAG